AUGUAUCGUGUUAUCUGUUCUAAGUGGUUUGUCUCCGGCGUGUCCUUGACUGUGGGAGCAGCCAUUGGUGCGUCUCUGAAGGUAGAUUCGACCGAUAGAACCACAAGUCUGAGCCAUGGAUUACUCAAUCGAGUACCCGUUAUUCCUAUUCCAAGUGUGGACGCAGCAACCGACCUUACCACGUACCAAGGAGGGGGUCAAAUGGUAGGUUCCCGAUCAACAGCUGCAAUGAAGUACGGCUUCCCAUCUCUCACCAAUAUCAAGACGAGGGAGUCCUACGUGACUUCUUAUGAUCCCAGAAACAGGACUGCUGCAUGGGUUAUAGAGCAACUCAGUCCUGAUGGCUUGAAUGGACCUUCAGACAGGACAUUUUGCGACUUUAAAGAGGAUGAUACGGUGCACGUAUACCACAGGGCUACCAAUGCAGACUACAGAGGCAGUGGAUUUGACAGGGGGCAUUUGGCAGCAGCUGCCAAUCAUAAAUGGAAUCAAAAGGCAAUGGAUGACACGUUCUACCUCAGUAAUGUCUCACCACAGGUAAGUCAUGUAUUGUGGGGAAACAUGGCAUAUUUGUCAAUGUGAAGAUGAAUAAGUGUGUUACACAGUGUGCGAGUGGUUAAGGUGGCAAUAUAAGUGUGCCCUUGCAGUUUAAAACCCUAAAAAAAAUAAUGAUGAGUCAAAAAGGCUUCUGAAUCCCAUGUAGCUACACUUCCAGAGCAAAGAGCAGGAAUCAAUGAAUGGCUGUUCAAGAUAAUCAAGUUUCUUUCAUUUACCUCGUCUUCCCCUAGAACCCAAACUUAAAUCAAAAUGCAUGGAACAACUUGGAGAAGUACUGCCGUUCACUUACCAAGCACUACAUGAAUGUGUUUGUGUGCACUGGACCACUUUACCUGCCCAGGUGAGUGUUAUCUGAAACAGAGAUUUCCAUAAGAAACAUAAUGGUAUUUUUCAGUGUUGCCAUCUUAAACGCCAUUCACACAGUGAUCUGCUUUAGCAAACAGGCAUUAUGCAAGCAUCAGGAUCUGUGUGAAUGGGGUCCAUGGUGAGAAUGAUACAGAAGUUGUAACUGUUCCUUCUCUCUGCCUAUAGACUGGAACCAGAUGGGAAAAUGUAUGUGAAGUACCAGGUGAUGGGGAGGAACAAUGUGGCGGUCCCCACCCAUUUCUUCAAAGUGGUGAUCCUGGAGAAGCAGAGGGGAGAGGUGGAGCUGCGCUCGUAUGUGAUGCCCAACACACCUGUGGAUAACAAGAUUCCUCUGGAGCGCUUUCUUGUGCCCAUUGAGAGCAUCGAGAGAGCCUCAGGACUGCUCUUUGUACCCAACAUUAUGAAGAGGACAAACAGCUUGCUGGCUAUUACUGCUGGAGGCAAAUGA